AUGGUCAGCUUGACUUGGGGUCUUUCACGGCAUUGGCGCGUCGACACCAGGCAAUUCAUCCGUGUCGUUCUUUGCAUGCUCAUUGCCGGUCUUCUAUAUCUUUUCUAUAUCUUUGCCGGCCCUCAGCUAGUCCGCUUUCGCUUUCGGGACGAUCUCAGCUGGUAUGACUUGGGUGCGUAUGGAUUCGGCCCGUCGAGGAGUUAUGUCUCGUUCCAAUACGAAUCGCCUGUGGUAGAGAUUACUGCUGUCAAUAAUGACCGGGCAUGCGACUCCGGAUAUACGUUUCUUGCGCCACGCGGAGAUUCAGUUGCACACCCGGGGCCAAUGAUUUUAGAUGCGAAUGGUGAGCUUGUCUGGAUGAAACAUAACUGGGGGACGACGCAUGAUUUCAAGGUGCAGCGCUUCCAGGGUCAGGAUUUCCUCACUUACUGGGAAGGUGAGCAAGUUGAAGGGAGAGGAUAUGGAUCGUGGUAUAUGGUUGACUCGGCAUAUACGGUUCGGUACGUGAUAAACCCAGUCGGAAGUUAUGGCGGUGAUCUGCAUGACUUUCAGAUCACGCCUGAUGGCACGGCGCUGGUGACAAUAUAUGACCCUAUCAUGAUGGAUUUGCGAUCAGUUGGCGGACCCGAAAUAGGCUGGAUAUACGACUGUCUCUUUCAAGAACUUAAUAUUGCGACAGGGGAGUUGAUCUUCGAGUGGCGCGCUUCCGAUAAAUUUGCUGUUCACACCACAUACGAGAUACUGUCCGGAGAAACAGGCAACAAGCGGGCCUCUGCGUUUGACUUUUUCCACAUAAACAGUAUCGACAAGGACGAGCGCGGGAACUACAUCAUCUCGGCGAGACACUUGCAUGCCAUCUUCUGCAUCUCGCGCUCCACGGGGAACGUUCUCUGGGCCCUUGGUGGCAAGGACAAUGAAUUCAAAGACCUCUCAAACGGCGAGGCCACCGGUUUCUCCUGGCAGCACGACGCCAGGUGGCACAUGGAAAGCAGUGCCAUUACGCUGUUUGACAACGCCGCUCAUGCGCAUAGCGACCCCGAGCGUGAAAGCCGCGGCAUGGCCGUCCAUCUCGAUAUUCCAAGGCGAGAGGCGACGGUGCUGGCCACAUACCAUCAUCCACACCAGCUGAAAUCCGUUUCUCAGGGCAAUGUGCAGCUCAUAGAUGACAUCGAUCGCGUUAUAGUAGGCUGGGGACAUGGCGCGGCAUACAGCGAGUUCAGCUCCAACGGCGAGCUGCUCUGUAACGUGCAUUUUGGGGCGUCGGCGUUCUUCGACUUUGGGCGCGUGGUGUCAUAUCGUGCGCUUAAGGGUAAUUGGGUCGGAAACCCGCAGACUCGACCUGACGCAGUUGUAGUUGACGACGUGGUCUAUGUGAGUUGGAACGGCGCGACAGAGGUUGCUGGUUGGCGUCUGGAAGGGUGGGACGGCGACCGCAUCGAGGAAGUCAACAGGUCGAGGAGUUUCACGUCUAUCGAGGACUUUGAGAAAACCGGUUUUGAGACGGCAAUUGCUCUUCCCGUUGACCCGACUUACCCGAUAUAUCGGUUAGCAGCAUUGGAUGCAGAGGGAAACAUACUGGGUACAACAGACUUGCUCCAGGCGCCUUCCGACAGUGGCAUCGCUAAUGAACUGAUCGUUCACGCUGCCCUUGUCAUGGGAAUAUGCGGCCUGGUUGCCGCGUUUUACCAGGUAAAGGGACUCUGGAAAUGUCGAUUCUCAUGCCUGAGGCACAGAGAUGCAUAUGAGUUGGUGCCCCAGUGA